GUCAAUCCGCGCCGGGCGUGGGGUUGGCUGUGAGGCCGUCGGAGGUGUUGGGUGGGAGGAGAUCCGCUCGCACACACGAGGAGGAGGGUUGAGCCGCCGCCGCCGCCGCCUCUGUCGUCGUCGCGAGUGUGGAGUCGGGACUGGAGCUGCUGCCGCGGCGACGCCGGGGAUCUUUGUCGCUAGCUCCCGGCUUUUCUGCCCCGCCGCCUUCCCUUGGUCAGCGCUGCCCACUCCUCCCCGGCCGGGCGCCCCUGCCUCCAUUUCCCGCUCUCUGUCCACCACACACACGGCCCCCCCGAUCAUGGAUCCGGGCAGUGGCGGCGGCGGCGGCGGCGGCGGCGGGAGCAGCAGCGGCAGCAGCAGCAGCGACUCGGCGCCUGACUGCUGGGACCAGGCGGACAUGGAAGCCCCCGGGCCGGGCUCGUGCGGCGGCGGCGGCGGCGGCUCCCUGGCGGCGGCGGCCGAGGCCCAGCGGGAGAACCUCAACGCGGCCUUCAGCCGGCAACUGAACGUCAACGCCAAGCCCUUCGUGCCCAACGUCCACGCCGCCGAGUUCGUGCCGUCUUUCCUGCGGGGCCCGGCAGCGCCGCCACCCCAAGCUGGCGGCGCCGCCAAUAACCACGGAGCCGGCAGCGGCGCGGGAGGCCCUGCGGCACCUGUGGAAUCCCCUCAAGAGGAACAGUCAUUGUGUGAAGUCUCUUGUCUAGGUUCAAAUUCAGCUGUUAGCAUGGAACUUUCAGAACCUAUUGUAGAAAAUGGAGAGACAGAAAUGUCUCCAGAAGAAUCAUGGGAGCACAAAGAAGAAAUAAGUGAAGCAGAGCCAGGGGGUGGUUCCUUGGGAGAUGGAAGGCCGCCAGAGGAAAGUGCCCAUGAAAUGAUGGAGGAGGAAGAGGAAAUCCCAAAACCUAAGUCUGUGGUUGCACCGCCAGGUGCUCCUAAGAAAGAGCAUGUAAAUGUAGUAUUCAUUGGGCACGUAGAUGCUGGCAAGUCAACCAUUGGAGGACAAAUAAUGUAUUUGACUGGAAUGGUUGACAAAAGGACACUUGAAAAGUAUGAAAGAGAAGCUAAAGAGAAAAACAGAGAAACUUGGUACUUGUCUUGGGCCUUAGACACAAAUCAAGAAGAACGAGACAAGGGUAAAACAGUAGAAGUGGGUCGUGCCUAUUUUGAAACUGAAAAGAAGCAUUUCACAAUUCUAGAUGCCCCUGGCCACAAGAGUUUUGUCCCGAAUAUGAUUGGUGGUGCCUCUCAAGCUGAUUUGGCUGUGCUGGUAAUCUCAGCCAGGAAAGGAGAGUUUGAAACUGGAUUUGAAAAAGGAGGACAGACAAGAGAACAUGCAAUGUUGGCAAAGACAGCAGGUGUAAAACACCUAAUUGUGCUAAUUAAUAAGAUGGAUGAUCCAACAGUAAAUUGGAGCAACGAGAGAUAUGAAGAAUGUAAAGAGAAACUAGUGCCAUUUUUGAAAAAAGUUGGCUUCAAUCCCAAAAAGGACAUUCACUUUAUGCCCUGCUCAGGACUUACUGGAGCAAAUCUCAAAGAGCAGUCGGAUUUCUGUCCUUGGUACAUUGGAUUACCAUUUAUUCCAUAUCUGGAUAAUUUGCCAAACUUCAAUAGAUCAGUUGAUGGACCAAUCAGGCUGCCAAUUGUGGAUAAGUACAAGGAUAUGGGCACUGUGGUCCUAGGAAAGCUGGAAUCAGGAUCUAUUUGUAAAGGCCAGCAGCUUGUGAUGAUGCCAAACAAGCACAACGUGGAAGUUCUUGGAAUACUUUCCGAUGAUGUAGAAACUGAUACUGUAGCCCCAGGUGAAAACCUCAAAAUCAGACUGAAAGGAAUUGAAGAAGAGGAGAUUCUUCCAGGGUUUAUACUUUGUGAUCCUAAUAAUCUUUGUCAUUCUGGACGCACAUUUGAUGCCCAGAUAGUGAUUAUAGAGCACAAAUCCAUCAUCUGCCCAGGCUAUAAUGCGGUGCUGCAUAUUCAUACCUGUAUUGAGGAAGUCGAAAUAACAGCCUUAAUCUGCUUGGUAGACAAAAAAUCAGGAGAAAAAAGUAAGACCCGACCCCGUUUUGUGAAACAAGAUCAAGUAUGCAUUGCUCGCUUAAGGACAGCAGGAACCAUCUGCCUUGAGACCUUUAAAGACUUCCCUCAGAUGGGUCGUUUCACCUUAAGAGAUGAGGGUAAGACCAUUGCAAUUGGAAAAGUUCUGAAACUGGUUCCAGAGAAAGACUAAUUUUCUUGAUGACCCUGCACAAUACUGUGAGGAAAAUUGACUGCAAAAGCCUACUUCACACCGCCUUCUCUUAUUUUCUGCCCAUUGAUAAACCUUUCCCCAUAUUUCGCAAAGAGGAAAUUCACAGCAAAAGUCCACAUUAUGUCAGCUUUCUCAUAUUGAGAGCUCUGCUAUGCCACUGUUGAAUUUUUCCCAAGAUUCCCGUCCCUAGCCCCCCCUUCAAACUCUGCUUCCUUGGACAGAUUUGGCAAUAGCUUUGUAAGUGAUGUGGACAUAAUUGCCUACAAUAAUGAAAACCUACAGGAAUUUUUUUAUUUUUCAUUUUCCCCUUAAGUAUAUUUAGUAUUUUUCCCCCAGGCAGAUCAUUCUGAGUGUGCGAGUGUGUGUGCACAUGUUACAAAGGCAACUACCAUGUUAAUAAAAUAUUGAAUUUGAAAUCCUUUUCGGUAUUUGAAUUGCUUUUGAAUAAUGUUUUUUAUCUGGAUGUAACAUUGUUGCAUUAGCUUUUUAACUUUCCCAAGUAAUUGAAUACAUUUUAUUACUUGGACUUUUAUAAACUUUCCCUACCCACUAUAAAUGAGGCAUUCACAGUGUUCAAGUUUGUAUUAAAGGAAAGGAUUAGUUUGACCCCUUCUUUUGAUGGUUAAUGCAUACAUGCAGUUAAAUCCCUUUAUCCAAAUGUGACACUGCUUUACUAGGUCUUUUAGUUGUUUUUUUUUUUGCCAAUUUAUAUUGUAACAUUUCUUAAACACAGUAAGUUGUUUAAAAUAAAAGAACAGCAUACUGUCGUUUUUAUAAGUAAAGCAUAAUGAAAUUGUACCCCUAGAGAAAAUUCCAUUAACUCGUUAAAUUAGUGGAAUUUACAACAAAUAAAGCAUGUUUGAGACCUGGUAAAAAUUCCUCUUUUAGUAUUUAUAAGAGCUGCAUGCCUCUAAUAUGAAAACCGUAUCAGUUGCAAGUGCCACUUCUACAAGUUACCCAGUUUACUCUUUGUAUCAGUAACUUUAACGGUUGGAUGAUCCUUGCUGGUUAAAGCUAAAUCUCAACCCAGCAACUAAAUGAAAAUAUUUAGAAUCAUCAGAAUCUGCACAGAUUAAAAUUAUCAGCGAUAAGCAGAAUGAAGCACAGUAUAAGUUUUAUCUCAAUUAUUUGAAAUUGACUGAGUUUUCUUGAGUGUAGAGCUGAAAUUUGCUAACCAUGUUUUUGAUGAACCACAGUGCAGCAUUGUGGUGGUUUUAGAUUGAAUGACUUUCUGCUAUAAUUAUCAUGACUUUGAAAUUUUUCGUGAGAAUAAAUGAGGAAUGGAGGCAAUUUGUGGGUUUAUCCAAAGCCCCCUUGAUGUUGAGUGUUGCCAUUUAUCAAAGAUAGCCUCUUUUAGAUUGUGAUUUAUCUCUAAAUAAGAUACUUUGUAAUUGUAUAUUUAAUGACAAGUCCCUUCCCUGUAAUUUUGCUCCUCAGAAAAGAAAAGCCUAGACAAACUGUAUUUCCAGUCACGGAACAUAAAACUUAAUCUAAUGGGUGUUUUGUUUUGUUUUGAGACAGAGGCUUACUCUGUCACCUAGGCUGGAGUGCAGUGGCUCAAUCUGGGCUCACUGCAGCCUCCACCUCCUGGAUUCAGGCAAUUUCCUGCCUCAGCCUCUUGAGUAGCUGGCAUUACAGGAGCCCACCACCAGGCCCAGUUAAUUUUUGUAUUUUUGGUAGAGACGAGGUUUCCCCAUAUUGGUCAGGCUGGUCUCAAACUUCUGACCUCAAGUGAUCCGCUCGCCUCAGCCUCUCAAAAGUGCUGGGAUUACAGGCGUGAGGCACCGCACUUGGCCUAGUGUUCUCUGGACUGUGAAAUCCCCAUUCAUUUCUUGAAUGAGGCUACAUCUUAUGGACAGAGCAAAGUUAUUGUCCUACAGACUCUUAAAACUAUAAUUAUGGCUAUUGCAUGAAAUUUAAAUAAAUUUUAUUAUGUCUGCAAAUCUCUGGGCUUUUAUUUUUCUGGAAAAUACAGGAGCUUUUAAUCAAAACAUAAUAGUUCUUUUUGUAAUUCCAUGUUAAUAAAAACAAACACUAGCAAUUGCUUGAAUUUUAGUGAAUAUUUAAAAGUUCAAGAGCCACUGAAAUCAUUUCCAGAGAUGAGUUCCCUUUCUAAAUAGAACACGUUUUUUAAAAAUAAGUUAUGUUGGCUACUAAAACAUUUACACUGUUAGAAUAUUAUGUGCAUGUUGCCAAGACUCUUAAGUAACUUGGAUAUCAACUGUGAAGGGCCUACCUCUAAAAAGUAACAGGUCAUACAAAUACAAAUGUAACUGUAAAAAUUCCACUGGAUUCUUGCAUAUUUGCAAUAUUAGAUUAUUCACAAGAAAUGUCAAUGCUAAAAUUAACCAGCAACAUAAGUUCUAUGGGCUUUGAAAAUUGUUCUCAUCUUUUUAAAGUUGAUGCAUUUUCAAUCCUGCUUACACGGGCUGUUCAUUUGGAUAAGGAAAUAAAAUGUCUAAGGUGAACUUGGCAUUAUGUGGAGAUGUUGGACCUUUAUAGAGCAAUACAAAUUCCUAUGCUGUCAUUCUGUUUUCUGCAAAUGCAAACGUGCUUAUAUGGUCGACAGUGCAAAAAUAGGGUAGUUGGCUGCAUAUUUAGGGUAUUACCUAAGCAUUUGUUCUCUAACGUUGCUCUACUAGAAUGAUUUUUUUCUUGCAUCUUUUCACAUUAAUGAUGUUCUUUAUAUAACUUUCAUGCUAGAUUAUUUAAUUAGUUUUUUAAAUUAAUAAAGUGAAUUUAAGAAAUAUUGAAAUAAACAUUAAGUAAUUGCCAUUUUAAACCCUUGUUUCUUACUGUGGGAGGGGGGAAAUACAGCACUCAUUUCUUGUUUUUAAUUUGCAAAAGUAAGUGAAAAUCAAUGUAAAAUCAAACCAAAAGAGUUGGACUGAGUGUGUAUUGUCUUGAGAUUAAGUGACAAUAGUAAAGUGUUAUUGAAUAAUUAAAUCCAUGUAUUUUUUUGUGUGAGUUGAAAAUCUUUGAACUAUGUGAUAACCCAAUGUCAAAAGUUCCUAAACUCUAACAGUGCAGGUUGUUCACUGUAACAAGAGGUAACUCAUAUUUGCUGGUUACAUAAACUACAAGUACUGCUCUCACAAUAUGGGACUUUGAACUGUGAUGUAGUUCAACAGUUGCCGGCAUCCUCUCAGCUGAUACGCUGCGAAUAUUUUGGGUUAGACUUGCAGCCAGAUGCAGUUUUGCAACCCAAGAAAAAAGUUGAACCUAUGGUCAAAAACUGCUCCCAAGAUGAACUCUGGAAAAAAAUCAGCUAAACUCCCUUGGCGAUCUUCAGGAACACUAGUAAUGACUGUAAUUACUCCGUGAUCUUUGGUGACUAUUACACAUAACAGCACUCUAGCACCUUUCCUUACUGGCAUGGACUUCCUCACGGACCGCUACUUCAUGGAUGAUAGCUUCAUUGCUUUGGGUAGGGAUUUAAGGUAGUCAAGGGGAAAAUAUGCAGUUUUAUUACAGCUCUUAACAUCAGGCAAAUUUCAACUUUAAAACCCUUUGUGAAAAAUCUGGUUAUAGCACUAUAGCUCUGAUUUUAGGAUGGUUAAAUGUUAUAUUCAUUGUUGGCCUACCUUAUCAGAACAAACUGUGCCGUUAAUCCUCUCACAGACAUAGGUAAGGUAGAGAGCAACCAGUGGAUUUAGGAGACAAUUAUCUGUCUCCAAAUAAUAGGCUUUUAUUUCUUCCAGCUAACUUUUUCAGUGAUUCUAGCAGAUGCCAUCUAAUACAUCCUUGAUCUUGUUUCUUUAGAGAUCUUGCCAUGGCAGCAACUUCUUAAGUAAGUGUAAUCGCGUAUGCACAAAAGACUUAACUAGGUUUACAUUUAGCAGUCGGUUAGAUUAGAUUUCAUAGUAAAUGGAAUAGGAAGUGUUUUUAUUUUCCAGUAGUAAUUCCGUGGAUUCCAUUUGACCUAGUUUACUGUCAAUUCAGUUCAGGUAGAUUUGGUUCAACUUUUGGUGGGUUUUGGCUCUAGGAUAUUCUUGACUUUAAUAUCCUAGAAUUUACUGAGUCUUCCCUUCAAUAAAUACACUUCUCACAUACCUCUAAUCCUAUGCUUCCUUGAAACAAUAAUGCUAGCUGAGUUGUUUACUAAGGAUUAUUAUAAGGGCCUGAAGGUGUGGGAGUGGAGAUUAAAACCUUUAUGUUCUCCAAUAUAAGGGAAAAGCAGAUUGGUACUACGUCUGAUUAGGCAGAAAACACCAGGAUUCCUUAAGUGAUCCUUGAAAUGAUUAUUGUUUUCUGCCUUGUCACAUUUGCCACUGUGCCCUUUAAAACAAUGUGGAAACCUCAGGUUUGUGGACGGCACAGGUGGAAUGACAUCUUGUGCUUCCUGAGGCUCCCCUCUACCAGGCACAUUAGCUUAGUGCUUCAGAAGUCAGCCCAAGUCCUUGCUACCUCCUUUUCCUGCUGCCCAGGGAAGUGUGUGUGUGCUGGAGCUGGAGCUGGAGCGCUUGCACUCUUCAGGUGACUAUUCUCACCUCCAUUUCCUCCACAUGCAUUAGGUGAAACUGAGGUCUGAGCCUCCUGCAAGGUCUACAUUUUAAGGACUCACACAUCGGGCUCUCAGAAAUGUACACAGCUAUUAGUUCUGUUUGUUCUAAAGGAAAUGUGGGUAUCUCUCAGGCCAGGACUUAGUGACUAGUUUUCGCUAGACAGCAGGUUAAUACCUAGAUCUCAUUUUUUAAAAAAAACAGAGGAUUAAAGGGAACUGAUCAGGUUUGCUGAGUUUUUUAGCCUAAUUCCAAAGCAUGGAAGAGUGCUCUAGGUAAGGAAGAAAUCUUUUUCUUAACGAUUUGUAGCUACCUACUGUGCCUGACUUGGUGCCUGUGUGAGGAUUAAGCCCUUAGUCUGCUCUUGCAAUUACUCAAAUGACAAGUUAAAUUUGCUUUUGUAAUAACAAUAAAAGUUGUCAUCUUCCCUUUUGAA